CCAACAAGUUUUACACUCCACUUUCUGCCACUUCACAGUUCACACUCCUGACUCCUCUUUCUUCACAUUUCCAUAUACUACUACACUCAUUUCUGAUCAACUGAAAUUCCAAGAUUUGCUGCUAAUUCUUGACCCUUUUGGCUCUUCUUGCAUUCAGAGAUGAGAGGAGUGGUCAGUGAAAGUUUCAGACUUUACCUUCUGGUUGUAUUUAUACUGCUUCUUUGCCUCCAAGACUCCAGUUGCAGCUCACUGGAUCAUCUAAAGGGCUCUCUAAUCAAGGAUAUAAAGGAGGAUACUCUUUUGCCAGAGACCUCACCAUCUGCUGCGCCACAACCGCUUCUUCCCCUUCUUGCACCUUCUCCAUUGGCACCUUUCACAAACAGCACUUCACCUAAAUUAUCUGGACAUUGUACGCUGAACUUUGAUGAUGUGAAGAGUAUGCUGGCCGUGACGUCAAUAGACUGUGUAGCACCAUUUGCAGAGUAUCUGGCUAAUGUCAUGUGUUGCCCUCAACUGGAAACAACUCUUGUUAUUCUUAUCGGGCGGUCUAGUAAAAACAGAAAUACGCUUGCUUUAAAUGGGACCCUCGCGAAGCAUUGCCUUUCAGAUUUUCAGCAACUCCUGGUCAGCCAGGGUGCCAAUGAUACUCUUCAGCAGAUAUGCUCUCUCCAUCCCGAAAACCUUACUGAAGGUUCUUGCCCAGUCAAAGAUGUUCAUGAGUUUGAGACGACUGUGGACUCGUCUAGCCUACUUGCUGCCUGUGGAAAGAUCGAUCUUGUGAAUGAAUGCUGUGAGCAAAUUUGCGAAAAUGCUAUAUCAGAAGCUGCAAAAAGACUUGCACUUAAAGCAUCUUAUCUUGCACUUAUGGAUGGUGUUGAUCACACAGCUAUAGUUAUUAACGACUGUAAAAGGAUUGUACAUCGAUGGCUGGGAAGUAAACUUGAACCAGCUGGAGCAAAACAUGUUCUUAGAGGACUUUCUAAUUGCAAAAACAAUAAAGUGUGCCCUCUGGUUUUUCCUAACAUGAAAAACAUUACAAAGGCUUGCGGAGAUGGGAUGAAUAACCAAACAACAUGCUGUAAUACUGUUGACGGGUAUGUGUCUCACUUACAAAGGCAGAGCUUUGUCACCAACUUGCAAGCUUUGGAUUGUGCUGCCUCGCUUGGACUGAAGCUACAGAAUGCCAAUGUUAGCAAAAAUAUUUACAAUCUCUGUCGCAUUAGCCUCAAGGAUUUUUCUGUGCAAGUUACACCAGAAGUUUCGGGGUGUCUUUUGCCUAGUUUACCAUCAGAUGCAAUACUGGACAAAACUACGGGGAUCAGCUUUGUAUGCGACUUAAAUGACAACAUUCCGGCUCCUUGGCCAUCUAUGUCUAAGUUACCAGCUUCAUCAUGCAAUAAGCCUGUGAGAAUUCCUGCACUUCCUGCUGUAGCAUCGGGGCAAAUCAGUAAAGGAUUAAAUAUAUGGUCACACCUGCUGCUGUCGACCUCGAUAAUACUAGAAAUGUGCUGUAUAUAUAAUGCUGCCAUUCUUGGUUACUAGCAAUAUUUUGUGGAUACGACGAGCGUAUAUCUUGACCAGAAAGGAAAAUGUCUGAAAGUUACACUUCUCUGAAGGUUUCUGAGUGACAUCAAAACUGAAAAAUGUACAAAUGCAGGAAAAUCAUGCACCUGAGUGAAAAAUAUACUCGGAUGAUUACAAAAUCAAUUUUGUGACAAAAAAUUUACUUUGUUCUUGCAUGUUUCGGUAAUAAAAAAGUUAUUGUAAAUACUUACACAGUAGGUAGAUUUUCAUGUAAAUAUUUGCAGUUGACAAAAACUUUGCCUUUGUAUAAUUUGAAGUCCUGAUGAAGCAUUCUUAACCAUUGCACAUUAGGUAGGUUUCUAUGAGUUA